CCGGGAUAUACCCCAGAUUUUUAUCAAGUUAGAGGAACAAAUAAAUACAAACCUAGAUCCAGCGGAGUUCCUGAAAUAUACUUUUGUCGGACAAGAGAGCAUAUACACAUAGUGAUAAUCGUGACAAUUGUUUUGGUAAAUGAAGCUCGGACUAUAAUCCAAAGACUCUCCUUUCAACAUUGCAUUAUCAAAUCAUCAAAGUUCGGAAAUAUCAAAAACCAAGGGUCUUGUAAUUAGAAUUAGGAAUAAUCAAUCUGGAGUAUUUGAAGAAGCUUUAUAUAUUGUUGUGGUAUCGCUAUGACGAAAAAGCUAACUCCUCAGCAGAAAAAGGAUAGAAAACCAGCUUCAAGAGCUUGUGUCUUCUGUCACAGAAAGCAUUUGCAAUGCUCCAAUGAGAGGCCAUGUAAAAACUGUGUUAAAAGGAAAAUCGGUCAUGAAUGUCAAGAUGUACUAAGGAAGAGAGCCAAAUACAUGCAUAUCAAUAGUAAAUCUAGAGAUAUCGAAGAUGAUACUUCUAAUAAUGAAAAUGACUUUUUGAGUUCGAAUGGUCCAAAUUCUACUGUUAAUACUCCAUUGAAUGUUAAUAAUAUUUCAAUGAAUUCUCAUGAUCAAAUAGAAAAUAAAUAUGAACCUCCAUUACCUAUCAUUGAAGGUACUUCGAUCAAUAAUACUAAUUUUGAACCAAUAGUACCUCGAAUAUCGAAAACUAAUUCAAAUACAAAUACAAUGUUAAAUACUACGAAUGAUGUUUUGAAUCGAUUGUUACUAGAACAAAAUCUAUCAACAAACACAUCUAAUAUAAUAUCACCUACCGACCUUAACCACAACGAAAGUACUAUACAACAAUCUAUUUCAAAUAAUAGUUCUAAUAUAAAUUUCAGUUCAAAUUAUUUAAACCAAGAAUAUCUCAUGUUGGGGGAUAUUAUUCUACAAUCAAAACCUAGCUCUCCAUCUCCAUCAAAUACUAGUGUUUCAGAAUAUAAUAAUCCAUCAAAUGAAUUGAAUUCUCCAGCUACAUUUCUUUCACCAGCUAAUAAUUUAAUUCAACAGAAUAAAAAGGUUCAAGAUCAUCAAUCAAAAAGAAAGCUCUUGAAAGAUUCUCGUCCUUUCAUCGCAUUAGGAUUUCUGAAUUCUGCCUUGAGUGAUCCUAAAAACGAUUCGUCUAUUGCAGAUUUUCUCGAUCACAGUACAACUAACAACGCACAGAGUAAUAAUAAUGAUACUGGGAAUGCUACAGUUGCCAGUACAGCCAAUAACAGCAGUACCAACCUUCAAUCAUCUAGUAACCCAUUUUUGCCUAAAUUAGGUAUAUCUUCAGGUGCAACUACUGAAUAUAUAUCUCCUUUGGUUACUCAUCACCUAUACCAAACAGUGCAAGACAUUUACACAAAUAACAUAAUAAGUUAUGAAUAUCCUCAUUCUUAUCAUUCUUUGACAUACUUCUUAAAGAAGAGAUUCCUGGGUAAUAAUUUGUCUCCAGAAGAGAAACAAGCAAAGAGAAAUAACCUUUUAAUAAUCUUAAAAUUGAUUGCAAGUUACCGUCCUACAUUUAUUAGUGCUCAUAAAUCAUUGUUAAAACCAUAUGAUUUACAGUUUUUGGAAAUGUGUUUCCAAAGAAGUUUAAUAGAUUACGAAAAACUCUCUCAUUUGAAUUCCAGCCCAACUAUAAUUUGGAGAAGAACAGGAGAAGUGGUAUCAAUAACCGAUGAUUUACUAAGUUUAUUGGGAUAUAAUCUAGCUGAUAUUUUAUCCAAGAGAACAUUUAUCAUGGAGUUGAUGUUUGACGAUGAAUCUAUCAUUAAUUACUUUAAAUUAUUCAAGUCAAUUGCUAUUGGUAAUUUAAAUCUGUCAAUUUUCACAAAGUGUAAAUUGACGAAGAAUUUAAAUAAGAUUUUAGAAACUUCAUCAACCACUCCCCCACUCACUUCGCAUGGCAUACCAGGGAAUUCUGAUGGAGAUGAAUCAAACUUAUAUAUUGAAUUCUGUUCAGUAUGGACAGUUAAACGUGACUUGUUCGAUUUACCAAUGCUAAUAAUCGGUCAAUUUUUACCUAUUCUUCCUGCUGGAGAUGGAGUGAGAAUGUAUUAAGAAAGAGAUGCCAAAUUCAGUUAGCAUUCAUAAAUAUAAAAUUCUAUUUAUUUAACAAUAUUUAUUCAGUAGUUUGUAACAAUAAAGUUAUUAAUUUUAUUAUCAAUAUCUAAAUUAAUUAAUUCUUGUCAACGUUAUCAGUUACGUAUCUACAAAGAUGAAGAUGAAACAGUAGAAGUUUGGUCUGAUCAUUACAGUAAACGUGACAGAUACGAAACACUGAAAUGAUAUUUGGUUUGGUUAACAUGCCUAGACAAAAUUGUGACAUGACCUUAAAUCACGCAAGUGGAGUGACUUUUUUCUUUUUCGCAGUUUUUUAUGAUGAUAACACCACUUUUUUUGCCUAAUUGGUGAUACUAUGAGCCGCAUAUCUCUUUUUCGCAGCUUGAAAAUUAUUACCAGCUUUGGUAGCAUGGAACAAAUGAUUCAAUUUUUUUUUAGCUCCACAUUGAAUCAUCUGUUCAAAACUGAAUAAUUGAAAUUUCGACAUUUGCC